CGAAGUGUAUUAAUAAAGAGUGUAAAUAAACUUACGAAUCUUAAAUUUUUCACCAGUAUUGUUGAAAGUUACCAAUAAAAUAAGUCCUAUUAAAAAGGCUUUGACAUGGAUGGUGAAUUUGUGACAGAAGUACCUAAUGCUUUAAAACGUCUUGCUCGAAUGGUGAUGAGAGGAUUCUACACAAUUGAACAUGUCAUUGUUGUAGAAAUGCUAAUACGAAAUCCAUGUAUGAAGGAGGAUGACUUAGUGGAACUCUUGAAAUUUGAACGUAAACAACUUCGAGCUGUGAUAGCACAAUUGAAAAAUGACCGGUUUGUAAAGAUGCGCCUUCGAAUGGAAACAGGACCUGAUGGAAAGGCUACUCGUCAAAAUUAUUAUUACAUUAAUUACAAGGUGUUUGUAAAUGUUGUUAAGUAUAAACUAGAUCACAUGAGAAGAAAAAUUGAAACAGAAGAAAGAGACUCAACUAGCCGAGCAUCAUUUCGUUGCACGGUAUGUGAGAAGACAUUUACGGACUUGGAGGCAGACCAGCUAAUUGACUUUAACACCAAUGAAUUCCGUUGUACUUACUGUAAUGAACCUGUUGAAGAGGAUGAGAGUGCUCUACCCAAAAAGGAUUCUCGUAUGAUACUAGCACACUUUAAUGAGCAGAUAGAAUCUCUUUACAUGCUGCUUCGUGAAGUUGAAGACAUUAAACUUGCACCUGAACUUUUAGAACCUGAACCAACUGAUGUCACACAAAUUAAACGAGAUGCGGGUGCCAAACCACGUUCUAGUCAGCCGCGUGGAAUAAAUGAACUUGGACAUUGGAGUGGGGAGGCUACUCGCAACAGAGAUUAUCAUCUUGGAAUGGAACAAGGCAUCACAAUCAACUUUGCAGAUGAUAACUCCCUAUCAAAUGCAACUUCUAAUGUACAAGAAAGGAAAGAAAGACCUAUAUGGAUGGUUGAGAGCACUGUUUUGGAUACUAGUAUAUCUCAAGGGUAUGCAGAACCAAAACUACCUGUGAGAGAUGAAAGCCCAAAUAUACCCCAGACUCCAACUCUGCCAGGAUCCCAAGACAACAUAAUGGAGGCACUUCUAGCACAUGAGAAAAAAGGUGUUAGUGGCUUGCAGGCCAUUAUCCCUGGCCAGGGAAGUGCCGAAGAGAGUGAUACAAGCGAAUCCGAGGAGGAAGCAAAGCCACAGGUUACCAAUACUGAAGGAGAAAUUGGUGAAAUGGAAAGGAUGUAUCAUGGAAGGUGGAACAUUAGUAUGAUGGCUAAUUACU